AUGUCGUUCGACUUUUCAAUAGGCGACUUCCUUGCGGGAGUAACUUUGAUCAAAGAUAUCAUCUCGGCAUUGAGAGGCACUGCUAAGCUGGAAUAUCGCGAACUCGAGCUUGAGCUUCACGGACUGCAACGCGCUCUGGACGAGUUGGAGCAUCUACAGCCAGGGCCAGGUCAGGAAGUCGCCGUGAACUCUGUGAAAGCAGCAGCUCUAAUGUGCAGGUAUCCGCUCGAGGAGUUCCAAGCCGAGCUGAAGCGCUACCAACUCCUCUUGAAGCAUAAGCAUCACAAAAAGCGUGAUGUAGUCGACGGCUGCGUCCGUAAAGUGCAAUGGAAUUUAUCCAUGCCAGACGAAGUGCAGAAACUACGAGCCUACAUCGCCGCGCAUGUUGGGAGCCUAAACAUGCGAUUGCUGACCGUCGGGUUGACGACGAUGACCGUGGCCCAGACGGAGGCUUCAGAACGAGACGGCUUAAUUCGAAAUGAAUUGACCAGCCAAAUGAUAAUAAUCAGUGAAAACACGGCAAAGGUCGGAACACUCUAUACGCUCGUUGCUCGUCAGAUUGUACCUUCAUUACAAAGUCUGGUUGGACUUGCUGAGAAGGUAUGGUCCACUAACUUGCAAAUACUGGCUUUUUUUUCGAGUUUACAGAAUAACCAAACUCAAAUCGAUAUACGGCACACGUGGUUUCAGGAGCCGUUACGGCUAGAUGAUGCAUUUGGACGCACCAUCCCUAUUCCAGUGGAGUACGGUUGGAGUAAGCUAGAAGCUAUUAUCCAUAAUCAAUUCUGCCGUGGCCCUGGCAACAAAAAGGUCUUUGCUGGCGAGUAUGAGAUCUUUAAGACGGACGACAGCUCGCAAUUAAUAACUCAGCGAAAUUUCUCUCUACUCCGGCCUGGAACUGCCAUUACAAUGGCCAUGGUCAUUGGGAGAUACGAGGGAGGAUUAAAGGAUCAGUGUCCGAAACCAGAUUGCAAAUCAAAGAUGUUCACAAAGAGUAACGCUGGGGGGUUGAUGUAG